AUGCUCUCUUCUCCUCCUCUCUCAUCCUUGCUCGUCCCUUUCUCAAAACUCGAUGUUUCUCCGAACCCACCUCCUGUAACUUACGCCACACUCGAUUCUAUCCUCCGAGUGCCACCGCCACAAUCGCCAGCUGUUAUACUUCCAGGGAAGAACAAGGAUCUCGUUAUCUUAGACCAUAGGGUAUGGCAUCCUGCACAUCACUGUAUGAGAUUCUGGGUAUAUCGGUGGAGCUAUGGAGAUGGAUACAGGCGUUGACAGCCAUGGGCCAUCAUGAUGAUGAAGACGAUCAAGGAGAUGGGGUGCCAGAGCAAGCUGAGGAAAAGGAGGAACAUGACAACAAUCACGUACUUUGUGCAGAAGAAUGCAACAUUGGUUCCAAUUCUUUGUAGGGAGACGUUGACAUUGGAUGGGAAAAACCCAGAUCUGGGUUUGUUUGAUUGGGAGAGGAAGAAGAAGGAAGAAGAGAGAGAAAAGAAUAGGAAGAAGAAAGAAGAACGAUGAGUGGGGAAAAGAAGGAAGAAGUUUGAUUUUCAAAGGAUUGAGAGAGAGAGAGAGAAGAGGAGGAAGAAAAAAAUCCAGUACUGGUGAUGGUAAACCCAGAUUCACUUAAUCUAUGUAAAGAAAAAAAACCUAAAAUGGUGAAAUGGAAUGAGAAGAGAUGUCGAAGGAAUGAUGGCCCAAGGACAAGAAAGAGAGACAGAAGGGAAGAGUGAAGAAGAACAGGCCUAGGAACGAAAGAGAGAAAGAAGGGAAGGAUGAAGAAGAACAGGAGAAUGAGGAAGAAAAUGUUAAUCAACUUUAAUUAAUUAG